GACGCUGUUUACUAUUACUUAUAGAUCCAAGAAAGCGAUUCGCGAUUUCGCGCGAUAUCCAACACCUGUUACUCGACCUUGAACUCUCAUCCAUCCAUCCAUCCAGACAGACAGACAGACAGACAAAAGUGCAGAACAAAAGCAGACAUCAUGUUCUUCCCAAAGAAGUACCGGUCGCACAAAGCGGCCUUGAUCAUGAUGGCGGCAGAGUUCCCAUUUACAGUUGUGAUUCUGAUACUCACCGGAAUCGCGGAUCAUAACACAUAUCGAACGAAGCUUUGGCAGGACGGCGCCGAUAAUGGCUUUAACAGCGCUCCAGACGAAGCCAUCUACGCUGCUGCCAACUACAGACCAUAUACAGCCCCCAUGGUUUGGAGCUCAUUCCUGACGGAAUAUAACCUCGUUCUCGGAGUGCUGAGCACUUUUUUCCUACUCACCAAGGCCCCGAUGCAAAUCCUACGGGUGUUUUACCCACCCAUUUCCGUCGCCGUACACGGAGCUCUGAUCGUGCUGUACUCAAUAGCGGCAUCAUUCCAAGCAGGCAAAGAUAUGUCCGAUCCGCAACACCCCCAGCCAGGACCACCAUGGUAUAUCACCAAAAGCUGCAGCGUAGCAGCUCACAAGUCCAACAUCGGAUACUGCGAGCAGGCAAAAUCCCUCUUUGCCAUCACCAUCAUCAUCACCAUCAUCUACUUUUCCGAAUUCAUCAUUGCCCUCAUUUCCUGCUUUUCCACCAAAGCCGAGCGCGAAGCAUACCGCGAACGCCGCGAAGAGAAGCGCGCUCUCAAAGCCUACGAAGACUCGAUCCUCAGAGCUCCCCCAUCGGGAACCUAUCCCAUGACUCCAGGCCCAAUGACAGGGACCUCAUUCCCAGCAAUGACCCCGCGCACUCUAGCGUUUACUCGACUCGACAGCGGAUCCCAAGCAAGUGACCUCCCGCUUCGACAUCACUUCAGCACACCGAAUCCGGGUGGUCCUCUGCAUUUGCAUACUGGUGGAGGUUCGAUGUCGGGAUAUGCGUAUCAGGAACAGCCGCAGCCGCAGAUGUAUUUCCCACCACCGCCGACGCAGGCUGCAAAGUAUGGUUGAAACUGGGUUUUUUCUUUGUUUUUUUUUUUUUUACUACUAGUUCGGGUCUUGUAUAGUGAAUACUACAGAAAUGGAUGGGGUCGAUGAUUCUGGGCUUGAAUUGGCCUGUUUUUUGUUAUUUGUUCGCGGUCAGGGGCUACUUACUUCUUGCAUCUUGAUCGAUGUGCACAAGAUGGACAUUGCUUUUAAUCUGGCGUCGCUAUUUCCACUCUCACGGCCAAUUAUCAGUUUUCAUUUUCAUUCACUUAUCAUUUUCGAAAUGUGAUUAUCCAUCCACAAAUAUCGAAUCCCUCCCUGGAGAUAUAGUCUGAUGUAGUUUCCGUAUUUAUUGCCCAAUGCUAUAUAGAAACCACGAGGAUCUACAUAUUAGUCUUUAUCUUA